UUCCUGACCACAUGUUGAAGUGGUUGUAAACGCCAGGCUCCAGUUUGACUCUUUGCUGUUCUUGGCUAACGGACUCAGAUAUUAAUUUGGAAGCACAUAUUCAGUGCUCAGACGGUGUCACGAUGACUGUUUUGCACUCCCACCUGUGUUUGACAACCUUGCUAUUAUGGAUCACUCAGAAGUCUGGUGCAUUUGUGCUCUCUAAUGUAACCGCACUGACAGUGAACCCAUCUGCGGAGACCGGCCCUGAUUUAAGGAAGUUCCCUUAUGUCAGCGGUACUCCCCGCAGUAGACGCAAGCGACAGAUCUCCCCAAGAGACCGAAACGAGAUUCUGGAUUACCACAACAGGGUUCGCUCGCAGGUUUUCCCACCUGCGGCCAAUAUGGAGUAUAUGCUCUGGGAUGACAGACUAGCAAAAUCUGCUGAAGCGUGGGCAGCUCAUUGUAAAUGGAAUCAUGGACCACCAAGCUUGUUGAGAUAUGUUGGUCAAAAUAUGUCUAUUCAGUCAGGCCGCUAUCGGUCUAUUUUAGAUCUUGUGAGAUCCUGGUAUGAAGAAAGACGCUAUUACUCCUUUCCUUAUCCUAGAGAAUGCAACCCAAGAUGCCCCAAUAAAUGCAGUGGAGCAGUUUGCUCCCAUUAUACACAGAUGGUCUGGGCUGCAUCAAACAGAAUUGGGUGUGCUGUCCACACCUGCAAUAACAUGAAAGUCUGGGGAUCUUCAUGGCCUCACACUACAUUCCUUGUGUGCAACUAUUCGAUAAAGGGAAACUGGAUUGCAGAAGCUCCAUACAAAUCUGGGAAACCAUGUUCAGCUUGCCCACCCAGCUACGGAGGCUCCUGUAGUAACAAUCUAUGUGUUCCAGGGGUCAAGUCAAAUAGGCUGCUCCCAUUCAAGUAACUUAUGUUCUGUAUAUUUUGUUGAAAGUGGGCAGAGGCUAACAUGAGUGUCUGGUUUCCUACUUGCAACUAAAAUUAGAAACCAAAUAGUUUGAUGAACAUAAUAAUCAGGAAUAACAUGGAAAAAAAGACUCUCAAUGCUGUCUCAACAAAGCAAGGUGUGACAUUUACUCAAAAAACUAAUACAACUAUUCAAAGAUAAUGUAUUUCAUUAUGAUUGAGAUCAUUACCCCUGACAAAUCAGGAAUGAUUUCCAGACCCUCGGAAAGACAGUAUUGAUUGUUUGAAACUUUAUUUUUAAAAAACAUAAAUCUGAAUGGUUUCCAUGUUCUGGUAUCCCUGGCAACUAUCAGCAGUGGCAAUGGCUACUGCAUUUCAGUCAGUUCCAAAAGCAAUAGGUUGUUUUUUACUCUCUCAAUGACAUGU